UUUCGAAAUAAGGGAAUUGCAUGCCAGGAUGGACCUAUUCGCGAAAUCCUUUUGUGUUAGAACGAUUAAAGAGUGGAACAGAUUGUCUCAAUUGCAAGUACAAGUGUAAAAAUGAAGAUUUGCUGGUGUGAAUGCUGCAACCUUUCUGCUUUAGCGCCUUCGCGGGCAAUGCGGAGUAAGCUCUGAAUUAAAAAAAAAAAGGAAUAGAACACGGCGGAAUCCAGCAGUGGUGGAAUGUUCAAGAUAACUGCUACAGGUGUCUGCUACAACUCAAUGGUGUUUCGACUUCGAGCCGCGGCGCGGGGCGCAUUUGUGUCUCGCGCCAUCUAGUGAGCAUUGGAAAAAGCGACGCGCAUGCGCGCGCGCGUAGUGUUUUUUUUUUUCUAUAGUUUCGGAUACUCCUUGCUUUAGUAAGUUUUUUUUUUUCUUGCCGCACCCUUUCCCCGUGCCCCCUCCGCUGCGCGCUGUUCCGUUCGUUCGCCGGCUCGCCCGCGGUCUCCGCGGCUGCGCUGAGAAAUCCCCGGCGCUCCGGCGAGCUCGUUGCGUAUCGGCAGAGGCGGUAGCGACGGCGAAGGCCGCAGCGGCGUCGUGCGCUCGCUUUCUCCGGCCGCCGCUGCUGAUGUCACGGGCUCCCCCGAGCUAGUCUGGCACCGAUCGAGGCCACUUGGUCGCCGCCGCCACAACACGUCGCUCUCCGGUCGAACCAUGGACCGCGCCUAGGCGGCAUCGCAUCUUCUCGGCACUCGCCCGUGAGCGUCGUUGGUCGGAGGCGAGAGAACCGUAGCCUACGCGCGGGAAGAGACAGCGAGAUAUGUCAGUGAAUGAUGCGCCAGCGUUCCUAGGCCUAGCCGCCGCCGAGCCGAGCUCCUACUGACCUAGCGACCGACCAGUGGAGAAGCGCUUAGCUGCACAGGCUCGCCCCCCUACUACCGCUGCCGCGUGCGCGCGCGUGUGUGUGUGCGUGCGCGCGCGCCGCCCCGCUUGCUGUUGUACCCACUCUCUCCCUCUCUAGUUAGCGCUUUCCUUCCGCUCUUCUCGUUAUCUAUCGGCGCUCUCUCUCUCUCUCUCUCCACUUUCGUGCCGUGUGUGUGUGUGUGUUUGUGCCGCGUGGAUCGUCUGCGAGCAGACGGAGAAGGGGUGUGCGCGCGCGCCGGUGUCAAGUGUGCGUGGUGCGAUCCCAUAAACAAGAGCAGCGCGCGCGCUCCGACGGCCGCUGCCGUGGAUCUCCUCAGCCGAGUGGCGGCGACCCCGACGUCACUCUCGUCCGCCAGUGGUUCUUGCGCUACCGCUUCGGCCACCGAUACCGUGUGGUGCUCGACAAGCUCGUCGCCGACAAGCAUGGCCGAUGAAGAUGUGGUCUUCGACGACGUCUACGAGAUGCACGAGUUCAUCGGAAAGGGUCCCUUCAGUGUGGUGCGUCGCUGUGUUCACAAGACGACGGGCCAGCAGUUCGCCGUCAAAGUCGUCGACGUUGCCAAGUUCACCUCCUGUCCCGGACUCGGCACGGAAGACUUAAAGCGAGAAGCCACCAUCUGCCACAUGCUCAAACAUCCGCACAUUGUUGAACUUUUAGAAACGUACAGCUCCGAGGGAAUGCUCUACAUGGUGUUUGAGUAUAUGGAAGGGGCAGACUUGUGCUUUGAAAUUGUGAAAAGAGCCACCGCAGGAUUUGUGUACAGCGAAGCUGUGGCCAGCCACUACGUGCGGCAAAUCCUGGAGGCACUCCAGUACUGUCACGAGAACGACAUAAUUCACCGGGACAUCAAGCCUCACUGCGUUCUCCUCGCCACGAAGGAGAAUUCGGCGCCUGUGAAGCUGGGCGGAUUCGGGGCCGCCAUCCAGCUGGAGUACGACUACAUCUGUUCUGCAGAGAAAGAGAUUGCUAAGUACGGGGAAAACCUAAGCCUUGCAUGCCGGCUAUACUGCAAAUGUGACUUGCUAGGUCGCAUCGGGACGCCGCACUUCAUGGCCCCCGAGGUGGUGCAGCGGAAGCCGUACGGCAAGCCUGCCGACGUGUGGAGCUGCGGCGUGCUGCUGUACGUACUGCUCACGGGCACGUUGCCCUUUCUCGGCACCAAGGAGCGCCUGCACGAGGCCAUCUGCCAGGGAAAGCUGAACCUCACCGGUCGGCAGUGGGACCAAAUCAGCGAGUACGGGAAGGACGUCAUACAGCGAAUGCUCUGCGUCGACCCCCAGGAACGGUACACCGUCCAGGAACUGCUCAACCACCCUUGGCUCAGGGAUCGGGAUCACUGUGCACCAAGGGUACACCUCCAGGAAACGGUGGACGAACUCCGGAAAUUCAACGCUAGGAGAAAGCUCAAGGGUGCUGUGCUAGCAGCGGUGUCCUCCCCAAAAUGGACGAGUUUCUACAGUGACCCAGCCUUAGACGCAGCUUUAGACCAAGGCAUUGAGGAAGAAGUGACUGCCAUAGGAGCGGUGUCCACGGUUCUGGAUAGCCUCGACGACAUCCACUGCUUGACCGACUGCUCCGAGCGGGACCGAGACUUCCUGCUUAGCGUCCUCGAGGACUCCCAGCUACACGCUCUGCUGGACUUGUACGACCGCAUCAACACGAGCUCGUGCAGCCCCAUCAAGUGCCCCCCGUCGGACGCCUGCGGCCGGGCGAGAGACGUGCUGGAGUGGAUCCAGGACUGCCCGAUGGGGACCACGCCGGAGAUGGAAGAGCUGCAGGCCAUACUGUGCAAGCCGCACGUGCGG